AUGGAAUCAUUUAUCACAACCAAGACUGCAAUGCUGCCAAUCGCAUCUAUGCCUGAGCUCCUGCUGAUACUCCUGAUCCUCGCGAGUGCUGCUGUUCACAGUCAGACCGAAAAGAGGGAGUUUUUGGCAUUAAAGGAAGAGGAAAUGGAGCUGCAGCUGCUGGACAGGGAGCUGAUCUCAAACCUCAUGGAAUAUGCUGGAGAGUUGCAGAGCAAAGUCGAAGUGUUGAAACGGUUUUCAGAGGCGACGCGCACACCCCUCCAGGCAGCAAAGGGCAGGGAGGAGGAGUACCUAUCGAAUCCGCUGCACAGUUUCCGACUCAUUCGACACAUGCACGAGGACUGGCGGCAUGUAGAGAAGUUUAUGAGGCAGCCAGUGGGGCAAGAUCAGAUUAAAUUUAUCAAAGAAAUGGCAAGGGAAUUUCCAUCAAAAGAGGAUGCAGAUGAUGCCACUGAGGCCAUUUAUCGUAUAAUUCGCACCUAUGACGUGCCGCCAGAGGACCUCGUCCAGGGGCUAAUCGAUGGCGUGCAGUACAACAGUGGCAGCAUUUCGGCCAUCGACUGCUUCUCUUUGGGAACGCUGCACUUUGAGUGGGGGAAGUACGACAAAGCAGUCCACUGGCUAAACCACAGCUUGACUCUCGUCAAGCCCGUGUAUAAGUCGGUGUACAAUGUGCUGGGAUUUACCACAAGCGAGGUGCACAUGCUCCUGGCUCGCUGCUACGUGGAGAUGGACCAGGAGGAAGACGCUCGACGCACACUGACGUCCCACCCCACUCUGGCGCAGCAUUCGGAGCGUCUGCUCACCCUCUACAACAACACGAGACACGUUCCAGUUUCGGGUGAUUUGCAGCCUUUGCUGCCCGAUAAGUUCAAUCAGAUGUGUCGCUCCUCCCAUCAGAAUAAACCCUCCCGUCUGCACUGUCGCUACAAUGCCACAACCUCGCCCUUCCUGCGACUGGCGCCCCUGCGGAUGGAGGAGCUGUCGCUGGAUCCUUACAUCGUGGUCUACCACAAUGUCCUCUCCGACGCGGAAAUAGCCAAAGUGGAGCAAAUUGCAGAGCCAUUACUGGAGCACAGUAGCGUUUACGUAGCGGAAGUCAAAAAAGCGAUCAAAAGCAAAGUUCGCACGGCACUGGGUGCCUGGAUCCCCCACCAUGAAAUGGACGCCUCGGGCUGGACUGUGUUGCAGGGACUCUACAGACGAAUACGCGAUAUAACCGGACUGAACAUCAAUGAGCAGCAGCACUUGCAGAUUAUCAAAUACGGCUACGGGGGCCACUACGAUCCCCACUUCGACUACUUUAACGCCACCGUCAAGAACACGCUGGCAAGCGGCGAUCGCAUGGUCACUGUCCUCUUCUAUCUCAACGAUGCGAGGCACGGUGGCUCCACCGUUUUUACCCAUCUACAGCUGAAGGUCCCCUCGGAGCGUGGCAAAGUCCUCUUCUGGUACAACAUGCGUGGGGAGUCGCACGAACUGGACACCCAAACUGUUCAUGGCGCUUGCCCCGUCAUCGCUGGCACCAAAUCGGUCAUGUCCUGCUGGAUACACGAGCUGGAUCAAAUGUUUAUCCAACCCACCUAUCGUCCUAAUAAUAGAACAUUCUUCGAUGAGUUGGUUGUGAAAAAGACAAAUUAA